CACCGUUAAACACUGAACGCACUGAUGAGCUUGGGAACAGGGGAUAGCCUAACUCGGCGUGACGUUAAGAUCGCUGUCUGGAUAAGAUUAGUGACGCCGAAUGAACCAUAAUAUAAACAAUGUGCCACACUGUCUGCUGAUAGCCAGCUAGCUAGCUGUUACCAGCUGAUCUCAGGACGCGAGGAGAGGCCCGUCUUACAGCUGAUCGUGGUUAUGUCAUUUAAAAUCCAUUUCAGAUUUAGCUAUGGGGUUGAUGCCAAUAUCGCCUGGGUUUGUGUGUCUGACUGAAGUGGGUGUGUUUGUGUCUUCAUUGUGUGAGUUUGCUGAUGCUGAUUGAUGUCCGGUCAAUAAGGAAAAUGGCUGUUUAGCAAGAUCUGACUGAGGAUACUGCUCCUUGUCUAUAUCUAAGUGUAUGUGCCGGUAACGUCAGCCAUGUUUUGGAAAUUUGACUUGCACACAUCUUCUCACCUGGAGGCUUUACUGGACAAGGAGGAUGUCACGCUCAUUGAGCUCAUGGAUGAGGAAGAUGUGUUGCAGGAGUGCAAGGCCCAGAACAGGAGACUCCUCCUGUUUGUGUGCCAGGACCAGUGCAUGCAGGACCUAGUCCAUAUGAUUACUACAGAGCCCCCUACUGGUGUAGAGGAGAUAAUGCGCUUCAAAUAUCCAAAUAUAGCAUGUGAGCUUUUGACAUGUGAUGUGGGAGUGAUCAAUGAUAAGCUGGGUAACGAGGAGCCUCUGCUGGAAACUCUGUACGCCUUCCUGGAGCAGCCGUCCCCACUUAACCCCCUCCUGGCAUCUUUCUUUAGCAAGACAAUUGGGAACCUCAUUACACGGAAGACUGAGCAGGUGAUUAGUUUCCUGCGGCGGAAGGAGGGAUUCCUUUCCUUGGUACUGAAGCAUAUUGACACAUCAGCCAUGAUGGAUGUGCUUCUGAGGCUUAUCAGCUGUGUUGAGCCACCUCCUCUUAGGCUCGAGACACUUAUUUGGCUGAAUGAAGAGAAGCUGGCCCAGAGACUCAUAGAGCUUAUUCACCCUGGGAGAGACGAAGAGAGGCAGUCCAAUGCAUCUCAGACUUUGUGCGACAUCAUUCGUCUGAGCAGAGACCAAGCCAAUCAGCUCCAAGAGAUUUCACAGCCUGACCCUUUACUGACUGUGCUGGAGUCGCAGGAGUGUGUGGAGCAGUUGCUGCAGAAUAUGUUCUCAGCCGAAAGUACUGAGAGCUGUAUCAUCAAUGGAAUUCAAGUUAUUCUCACAUUACUGGAAAUCAGGAGGCCUGUGGUGGAUGGUGUAAUGGAUGCUCAGGGAUUUGAGAGAAGUUACACCGUUAACAGCAGCAUUUUGUUGGCCAUCCAACCACACCUGAUACAUUUCCACCAGCUACUUCUGGAGCCACCCAAGCGAAAUCCCAUGCUGACUUCUCUGGGUGUGCUAGAGGAACCUUUAGGAAACACACGUCUGCACGUAGCCAGACUGGUGGCCUCUCUGCUGUAUACCAGCUCUGCUAGCCACGCGGUAGUAGCACAGGAACUCUGCCGACUCAAUACAAUGGACCUGCUUCUGGACUUGUUCUUCAAGUAUACGUGGAACAACUUCCUGCACCUCCAAGUGGAGCUUUGUGUUGCUGCCAUCCUCCGGCCCUGUGCCCAUGAAAUGAGACUUCAGCCUGGCUUGGGAUCUCAGGAAAAAUCCAGUCCUCACCCGGAUCCCUCACAGGAUCAGACUUUGAUUGAAACCCCUUCUGAACCUUCAGCCACCCCUGAAAACUCUGCACAUAAUCUAAUGUUGUUUCAGCACUGCCACCUUGUCCAGAGGAUUCUGGAGGCUUGGGAAGAGAAUGAUAAAAUACAGUCAGAAGGUGGUAUGAGAAGAGGGUACAUGGGACAUCUGACCAGAAUUGCCAACACAGUAGUCCACAACCUGGAGAAGGGCCCUGUUCACACACAGAUUAGUAGUCUCAUUACAGAGUUGCCAGAGGACUACAGGGGGCGCUGGGAAACCUUUGUGGACCAGACCCUGUCAGAGACCAAUAGGAAGAACACCAUAGACCUGAUUGGCACUGGAAACCCACGCCCUUCCUCAGAGGAUGAUAUGGAGAGCCCCUUCCCUAAAGAACUGACGCUACAGCAGGCCUUUUCAGACUACCAGAUCCAGCAGAUGACGGCUAACUUUGUGGAUCAGUUUGGCUUCAAUGAUGAGGAGUUUACUGAUCAUGACGACAGCAUUGGAGCAACGUUUGACCGAAUUGCAGAGAUCAAUAUCAACAUUGAUGCAGGACAGGACAAUGCUAAUACAGCUGUGUUUGAGACCUGUUCCAAGGAGAGGAUUCAGCCCUUUGACGAUGAUGAAGAGGACAUUUGGGAGGAGAAAGAGAUCAAAUUUGCAGCACAAACCAAGUCCCGUAACCGGUUUGGUGGGUCACGAUCAUCCCAGAGCCCAGCAGCCAGUAAAGGGUGUGAUGGGACAGCAGCUUCUGGCACUGAUGACUCUGACAGAGCAGCAGACUCAGACUCAGAGGAGGGAGAGAAUUCCAAAGAUGACCUGGACCCUUUCUCAAGCCAGGGCCAGACCGAUGGAACAAAGAGCACUGGCUGGAUAGCAGACUUCGGGGAGGUGAACUCGAAGGCUCCUGCAGCAGGAGUGGGCUUUUCUGCCUGGGACACUCCAGACUCCAAACCGCCUGCCACAGAGGCAGAGGAGAAAGGAUGGGCCAAGUUCACUGACUUCCAGCCUUUCUGUUGCUCUGAAACAGGCCCGAGAUGCAGCUCUCCUGUGGACUCGGACGUCAGUGGAUCAGGCAUCACAAAACCGAACCAGAACCCGUGUGUGUGGAGUGUGUGUGUGGCGAGAAAAGCCCCACUGGUAGCGUCGGACAGCUCUUCCUCCAGCAGCUCAGACAGUGGUGAGGAAGAGGGAAAGACAGAGUCUUCAACCAACGAGACGGUCACCAAAGAAACCAUCACCACUGGGGCUGGAAAGGAGACAAUUCGGCUCACCGUGGACGCCAAAAAUGAAAGGGCAGUCUUCAGCAGCGAAGCAGUUAAGGUACCAGUAGAAGGACUCUCCAUCAAAGACGAGGGGAAAGGCAAUGAGAAAGAAAGCAAAAAGAGAAAGAAACAUGAAGACUGUCCUAACCCACCCACCGCCAGUCCAACUAACCAGUCGGCUGCUGUCACACAAGAGAUGCAGUCAUCUGCUAAUGGACCGGCCUAACGAUGCAGCAAAGACACACACGUGCACAUGCUUCAUACCUGUCCAUUCAACACAGGCCAAUGCCAGCUUUGCUUCAUGUUAGUAGCCCUCGUUGCCCUUUUUGUGGCUGCUCAGUGUCAAACAGCCCUUAACAGUAUGAAUGCUGGGUAACAAAUAUCUACACAUAGGUACAUUGAUCUCUCCUGCACCUUCAUGACUAAAUUAUAACUGAACCACUUCACAGAGGAAUGUAUGUUUUCCAGAACCUGUCAUUGUACUAGACCCCCAGAGCCAAAUUAUGUAACCUAUGAACUACUUCAUAAUGUGAUAUGUAUAUAUUUCCCCCUUAAUUUCGAGAGAAUGACAACACUUUUACCUGUUUUAAUAAGCAGAGGUCACACCCAGUGUUUGAAUGCCAGUCAUGUCACUUUAAGAAAACAAAUACCUAAAAUGUUAUUACAUUUAGCAUCAAAUUUCAGAUUGUUUGAGCAAUUCUGCUCUCUGGGCAUUAAAUCACAGCCCAGAUUUUAUUUUUUUAUUCAGGCACUUGACUGUUUACACUCUAGUAAAGAAAACUGAAUUCAAAUAAUUAGCCAAGCUUGCAAAGUGUUUUUCUCUUCAGCAUUUCAUGCCAGGCAGACAUUUUAUUAGUGCAAAUGUGAGUGAUAAUUGGGCUUUUUUUUUUAUACAUGCUACUAAAAUUAUGUCCUGAUACAAGUAAGAUGUAUUUGCUUUGAUCAUGCAGAACAGGCUCUUUAACGCUCUUUAAAAAGAAAAAGAAAAAAAGUAUUUGGAGCCUCCGAUUUGUUUGUGUGUGUGUGUGGGUAUUUGUGGGUCGGGGUCCUGUCUGAGGUACAGAUUCUCAGGUCAAAGGAGAGUUAUGCGGCUACAAAGAAAGCACACCUGUGUAACACACACAUACAGUGCUGCACACACAUGUAUACACGACUAAAUCCUUACACGCGUGAUGUUCACAUACCAAUUCAUAUCACCCUCUGAAAUGUUUAAAUGUAAUAUUGUGAAAUUUGAACAUGUAUUAGGUUGUGGCUAUUCUUGGUAAUAUGUAAACGUAAUACAUAUAUAAACAAUAUAUAUAAACAUUAUAUCUAUUUUUGGAAUAAAUCCAAUGUAUAGAAAGUCAGUUGUUGGCAGGUUGCAACGUGUGUAUUGUAUGUGUGUGUGUUGUACUGUUGAAAUGAGGCAAUAAUGAUGUCUGUGUUUCAGUUAAUACCCCAGCAUCAGUUCCUGUUCCUCUGCUACCUGCUUCCUACAUUGAGGUUGCGUGAGUGUGUGCGUGAAUAUGAGUUGGUAGUCUGGUUUGUCCUCCUCAUUAUUAUGUUCUUAAAGCAUAAUGCUGGUUUAGAGCUUGGGUUUUAUUUUCAUUCAGUUUUUAACGAAAUACCAGGCAAACCAAUCUUAUUAGGAAGAGAAAAUACUGGUGUACAUUGAAAUAAUAUCAAAACUACUGCUUCAACCUUUAUUAUUAUUAUUAUUAUUAUUAUUAUUAUUAUCAUCAUCAUCUUUAUAAUAUUAUUUGUGUGCACAUACUUUUCCAUGAUUUAAUGUAAUAGUUGAUCAGCAAAAAAACAUUGGGCAAAAAUUUGGCUAAUCAAUUCAUCAUUAAGUUUUUGGCAAAAUGUCAAACAUUACCUAACUUCAGUUUCCCAUUUUGCAGCUUUUCUUUGUCUAAUAUUCCAGUUAACUGAAUGGCUUUAGGUUUUGGACGGUUGGUCAGACGGAACAAACAAUGUGACGGUGUCUCUUUGGGCUUUAAGAAAUUAUUAUUAUUAUUUCCUGACAGUUUAUUGACCAACCAAUGAGUCGAUUUUAAUCAGUUAAAUACUAAGCAGAUGAAUCAAUAAUGGAAAUAAUUGUACGUUGCAGCCAUGCUGUCAAAACUUUGAGUGAGCACACCUUCACAUUUGCUACAAAGUAAAGUUGUUUACAUAACUGUUUGCUUGUUUAAAACCAGUUGGAUUGCUGAUCUCCUUUUUUCAUUGUAUUAACAUUAUACCUAGUUGAGUACAAUCUAAUCAUAACCGAUAGAAAUUAUGGCAAAAACAAGACCCAAGUUGUUAUAAACCAGAAUUAUCUUCAAAUUUGCGUGUGGCCGACAGUUAUGCUUUACUUUUAUCUUUCUCCUUGUCUCUGUCUCAGGGCAGGAAUUGACUUUAAUUGCAUACAUGCCUAUGGAACUAUUUCCAUAGUUUGUUUGUUUGUUUUAUUUAUUUAAAAAGCACUUUUUCAAGAUGCACUUUUGGUUUUUAUUUGGUGUUGCCAAGCACCAUUACCUCACUCAAGGAGAUGGGACUGUUUGACUUGAACGAGUGAAUAAUGUAGAUACUUUAGAAUACUUUUUCUGCCAAAGUGUGUCUUCCCACCAGUGUUACAACUGGCUUUCAUAUGUGUGAAAUAGCCUCCUCUCUUGCAAUUGUGUCACAGGUCUAGAUUAAUCUAAACCAGUCCUUGUUUGAUCCCUCCCAUUUUGUUGUCAUGUGAUUAAGUAAGAGAGUAUGCCACAUGUCAAAGAAAGAUUCAUCUUAGACCACAGAUAUGUUGCUUGUAUCUGUUCCAACACUUUGAUGUGUUUGAAGUGGAGCUGUGUAGAAUAAGCAUGGGUUUAAGUCGGGGUUAGAGGAGAAAAACAGGGCUUUCUUUAGUCAGGGUGUGUACAGGUUCGGAUUUUCAUCCCGUCCUUCGCCAAACCUAAGCACUGGUUCUGAACCUUACAUUAUGGUCUGGUGUGUCUCCUUCAACUUGAGUGGACUGCGUGUGCAGUGUAGCUACGGGUAUGGUGUGAUGUUAUGCAUAAUGGCAUGAGGUACAAUACAGUCAUCUUUAAGUUUGCACAUUAGCCUCAUUGGGUAUGUGCUGUAUUGUACAGUAUAUGCCCAACACUUUCAUUCCAAGACAAUGGGGCUUAAAUUGUUACUUCAUCCCAUUGGCUGUUCUGAAGCCCAUUCAAAGUUUAAAUCUUCCUUCAUAGCUUAUUACAUUUGUGUAGGUGAGUGUGUGCGAAAGCCGUGUUGUAAAAUUGCUUUUUUGUUCUGUAAAGUGAACUGAUGCUGGUGGUGGGGUUUUUUCAUUUCAUUUUAUUUUCAUUUAGGGAGUAAUGUCUGUUUCCUGUUGUCACUUUUGCUUGUACAUUCAGAUAGGAACCUAAUAAAUAUCAGAUUAAGAAGAA